UCAUCGCCGAAUGAUCCUGCGGAUCGUAUGCUGAAGUACGGCGCUACGGACAAACCGUGUACGAAGAGGCUCGAGAUUGAAAUCAAACCGAUCGAAGUAAUCCCGCUCUCCACGACCACCAUGGCAACGACGACAACGACGACGACUACGAUGUCCCCUGGUUCUCAGCAGCACGAACAGCAGCAGCUGCAAAACACGACUCCCAGCUUCCAUUUCAGUCUCAGUUUCGAUGGCAACGGUACGCUGAUACCGAUCGGUGGUGGCAUCAUUGAGGCACAGGACCAUCAGCAACAGUCUCAGCUGCCGCAUAUCGAAAUCAAACCGAUCCUGAUGGAAACGGAUAACCUUGCGAAUGGAACCGCACAGUCGCCGGAUGAGCAACAGCUGAAUCACCACAUAACCAUAACUGGUGGUAUACAGGCUGGAGACGAUCUGGAUACGGUCACGCAACGUAUCGACGAGCUGAAACACUCGCUAGAAGCGGAAACACAGGAGAUGCUUGCCGGGGGUCAUGAUGGGGCACCGGUCAACGGGUGUGGCGGAACGGACAGUAGCACCAGCAGCAGCAGUGGUGUCGGUUCGCCAAGUCUGAUGGAUGAAUCGGAUUCACCUGGAAUUAAGGAUAAGAUUUCCGAAAUUCUGGACAAUCUUGAACAGCAGACAAACCAGGAAGCGGCGGAAAUGGCUGGCACCGGGACUGCUACCGGGGUCGGUGGAAAUAUGUGCGGCUACGGUGGGGAACCAACGGAUAUCGAAGGUCGCACUGCCAGCAUCGAGCAUCAGCAGCGUACUUUGGAGACGGUCGUUGCGGAAUGUGCGGCCGCCCAUCCACUCCUUGGAGUCGAUGAUGGUACCAAGGGAGACGCUGAAACGGAGCGACUAGUGGCAGAGCUGAACGAAGAGUUCCGGUCGGCUGCAACCUCACCUUCGAUGGCUACGACCGCUUCAACGGUGGCCAUUAUUGACCAAACGGUUGAUGCACAACAGCAGCAGCAGCAGGAUCAACUGUCGUUGAUGUCUUCCUCUUUGUUUGGUGACAUUGGCAAGAAGGAAGAUGUUGAUGCUGGUGGAUUCGGUGGAUUGGGUCAUCAUCUUUCCGUGAGCGAUCUCGGAAUCUGCACCGAUAGUGCCCUGCUGAACGAUGGCGAUGCGGAAAGUGUUCUGUUUGGUAAAAUCCGUCAACCGGAACCAUCUCCAUUGUCACAACCAUCACCAACGCAGCACCUACCACCACAUCACCAGCAACAGAUGCAGUUAGAUGACGAGCUGCAACAGUACACGCAAAUACCGCCACCGAUGCAGACCGGAUCGAUCCCGAAAGCCCCAGCCGUUCCGCGAUCGAGCAGUCCUAAGCUGUUGUACGAGAUACAGUCACAGGACGGAUUCACCUACAAGUCCACAUCGAUCACGGAGAUCUGGGAUAAGCUGUUCGAAGCGGUACAGAUCGCUCGGCGUGCCCACGGUCUGUCUACCCUUCCGGAAGGUCAGCUGAAAGAGAUGGCCGGAGUGCAAAUGCUGGGGCUAAAGACAAACGCCAUUCGCUAUCUGCUGGAGCAGCUACCGGGAGUGGAAAAGUGUACCCAGUACAAUCCGCUCUACCACAAGAAGCAAUCGGGUCACGGCUCGCUAGGAUCGGGUUCUGGAGUGACGAAUGGUGCUGAUAGCGUUGCCAAUGGAGAUUACUUCGAUGAUCUGAAGGAGAACGCGCACGGAACGGCACGCUGCGAACCGUACAGUAGCCGGUCGGAGUACGACAUGUUCAGCUGGUUGGCCUCGCGGCACCGUAAGCAACCAAUGCCGAUCGUCGCCCAGAGCAUCGAUGAUACAGUGAUUCCAAGGCGUGGCACUGGCAGCAAUCUACCGAUGGCAAUGCGCUACCGAACGCUUAAGGAGUCCUCCAAGGAAUCGGUUGGUGUCUAUCGAUCCCACAUCCACGGUCGUGGAUUGUUCUGCAAUCGUGAUAUCGAGGCCGGCGAAAUGGUCAUCGAGUAUGCUGGGGAGCUGAUUCGUUCGACAUUGACUGACAAGCGGGAGCGCUACUACGAUGGGCGCGGUAUCGGAUGCUACAUGUUCAAGAUCGAUGAAAACUUUGUCGUCGAUGCGACGAUGCGUGGUAAUGCGGCACGAUUCAUCAACCAUUCUUGCGAGCCCAACUGCUACUCCAAGGUGGUAGAUAUCCUAGGCCACAAACACAUCAUCAUCUUUGCGCUGCGCCGUAUCGUUCAGGGAGAGGAGCUCACCUACGACUACAAGUUCCCGUUCGAGGAUGUAAAGAUUCCGUGUUCGUGCGGAUCGAAAAAGUGUCGCAAGUAUCUCAACUAAUAGCGUCAUCGUGCUCCGUUGACACUUCCGGAGAGCAUGCCAAAAACACAUUCCUUCGGUAAAAGGAGCCAGCCUGUGUAAAUCUGUGAAAUGAUCCUCGGCGAACGGGGCAGGUUGGAGGACAAGUACAAAGCCCACACCUCUCUACCAGUGAAAUUGCGCGCAUCAUCAAGAGUGACACGUCGGAGCAGAACCCUGUGGGCGGCUAGAAAAGUGCGCCACAGAACGAAUGCACCAUUGCACCAAAUGCCAUGCUCUUUUGCUUUUUGGAAAAGCAGCCUACUACUUCAUGUUCCAGCUAAGUAUACAGUUUGACGUUGACGCCAUACCUUAAGAAGUAGAAAAGCCGGCGGUCCGGCGUUGCGUAGGGAAUAGGAAUCCCAUCAUGUGUGUAUAUGUGUGUCUGUGUAUAUAUAGUUAGAUGGUGUAUGUGCGUGUCCACGUGAUCAUUGUGUUUGUUCCACAGAGUAGAUGCAAUGUUCAAUGUUCCAUAUCCCCCAUCAGCCCCUCCAUUGCUAGACAGGGUUGUGCGCGAUCGAACAGCAUAUUUAUUGUUGGAUCCCCCUUUUCGCCAGUUUUCGCGCUAUACUUAGUCGUUAGACAGAAAUGUAAUGUAACUGUAAGAUACUACUGUAUAUAUAUAGUUUUACCUUCGGGGUAGCCGUACAACAAUCGCGCUCUGGAAGCGGAGGAUCGAUGGUACAACCACUACCGACCGCUGUCUGUAUCAUAGGCAUCUCUUUUAAGUAUUUAUAUGUGUAUCAACAGUGUUAUGGCAGAAUAUUAUCGUCUUUUAAGCGCUCUGAUUGAGCCAGCCAACAUCUCUGGCGUGAUAACCCCAAUGCAAACGGCCAUUUAAAUCGAACACUAGCCUAGCAGGCAAGCGGACUUGCUAUCACCCAGUUGCUCAUACCUGUGAACACUUUUACAACAUCACCGCUGAGAGAUAUAAGAGAAAGAGAGAUAGAGCACACCUCGUGGUGGCUCGCGUUCUUUUAAAUUGAUCUAAAUCCGGCUUGGCAUGCCUAUUCUAGCUCCUAAACUUUUAAAGAUUUCGAUCUCCCAGAACAACCAUAAGGCGCACCUGUGAAGGGGAGAAUGUGACAUAGGAGUAUGCACGAACCCAAUCGACAAUAGAGUGUAUCGAAUCGAAUCGCGAGAGCAUAUUUUACAUCGAGCGAUGCAUCUCAAUACAGCACAGCUGAACAUCAUCACUUUCUCCUUUACUGCAACCGUUUUAAUCUAAGCAACCUAGUGAACAAAGGGAAUCGCAAGGCACGCAAUGACGGUUGUGUCUACUACGAUGCAUCACCAGAGCAGAGCAACCAUACACAGAAACAGCUACUUUUAAUCCAAGGAACCGUUAAACGAACAAAAAGGAAACAGAACAGAACAUCACCCCUACUUUUAGCUACUAUUAAGCAUCGGCUAUCAUCGGUCCGUGGUGUGCACCAAAUCCGUAGUAAGCCACGGCUGCUUCGAACUGAUCUUGCCAUUUCGUUGUGACACAAUUACAUGUGUAUGUGUGUGCGUGUGUAUAUUUGUAUGUGUGUAUGAGAAUGUAUAGUUAAGCAAAGUUACUAAGCACUAAGCAAAUGAUCACAAAAAGAGACACACAAAAAAUGGCUUAAGCCGUGGUGAUGAGCGUAGCGGUCAUCGCGAAUGUUCGAAAAAUAAACCAAAUUUAACUAAAAUGAAACAAA